GUGAGCGCGAGCGCUGCUGCUGCUGGAGUCGGUGUAGCACGAGCACAGACGCUUCUGAGAUUAAUCACCAGUUUCAUCAUGAAUUACCUGCGCAGGCGUCUGUCAGACAGCAGUUUUGUAGCUAAUCUGCCCAACAGCUACAUGAUGGACCUGCAGAGAUCGUCCAGUUCCACCAGCUCGCCAGCCUCACCGGCCACUGAGCGCCGGCAGCCGGCAGCCCAACAGAACCAACCAGCUCAACCGCCCCAGCAGAACCAGCAGGCCCCGGCUGCGGCGUCUGGAGGAGGGUUCCUCAGCUCGUUCUCCAGCGUGGUGAAAACGGCUCAGAUCGCCAGCGCAGUUCAAGCUAAAGCGUUUGCACACGCUGAGGCCGUGGCGGCCGCUGCAUCAGUCGCUGCAGCUAAACCUGCAGUACGCAAACCCAAAGUCCUGCUGGUCAUCGAUGACCCUCAUACAGACUGGUCAAAGUACUUCAGAGGAAGGAAGCUGAAUGGAGAAUAUGAGAUCCGUGUGGAGCAGGCUGAGUUUUCUGAGAUCAAUCUGGCGUCAUACGUGAAUUCUGGCUGUAUGGUGGACAUGCAGGUGUACAAAGGAGGAACUAAAGUCGUUAGAUCUUUCAAGCCAGAUUUUGUCCUGAUUCGGCAGCACGCCUACAGCAUGUCCCCGGGAGAAGACUUCAGGAAUCUGGUGAUUGGUCUGCAUUAUGGCGGCGUUCCCAGCGUUAACUCGCUCUUCUCCAUUUACAAUUUCUGCAGCAAACCCUGGGUGUUCUCUCACAUGAUCAAACUCUAUCAGACUCUCGGUCCUGAGAAAUUCCCUCUCAACGAGCAAACCUUCUUCCCAGACCACUCACAGAUGCUACCCACAGCAACAUUCCCAGUGGUGGUGAAGAUGGGACAUGCCCAUGCCGGCAUGGGAAAGAUAAAAGUGGAAAGCGCUAAUGAUUUUCAGGACAUCACCAGUGUGGUCGCGAUAGCUAAAACAUACGCCACCACCGAGCCUUUCGUGGACUCCAAGUACGACAUCCGGAUCCAGAAAAUUUGCAAUAACUACAAAGCAUACAUGAGAACGUCUAUCUCAGGUAACUGGAAGGCAAACACAGGUUCUGCAAUGCUGGAACAGAUCGCUAUGACAGACAGGUAUCGCGUGUGGGUCGACUCGUGCUCGGAGAUGUUUGGAGGCCUGGAUAUCUGCGCUGUUAAAGCCGUCCACGGCAAAGAUGGCAAAGACUACAUUAUAGAGGUGAUGGACAGCUCGAUGCCUCUGAUUGGUGAACAUGUUGAAGAGGACCGACAGCUCAUCUGUGAUCUGGUCAUCAGUAAAAUGACGUUUGCUCUGCUGGGGGUCACGAUACCACAGACGUCAACCAGCAAGACUCAGUCUGGACCGCAGACGACACAACCCAAACGAGCAGCAGGUGGUCCUCGUUCUGCUUCUGUUUCUCCGUCUCAGUCGGGUCAAGCGUUACCGCAGCGGGCUCGAUCUGCCAGUACCUCACCCAGUCAGGCCUUCCAGCCCAGUCCAAUCCCGUCAUCCGGACCCGCUUCACAGAAACAAGCCCCACAGCUCAAUAAGUCGCAGUCACUGACGAACACAUUCAGCGAGACGCUGCGCAGCAACAUCACGGACGACGAGGCCAAAGCCGAAACCAUCCGCAGCCUGCGCCAGUCCUUCGCCAGCCUCUUCUCUGACUAACACACACACUUAGAAACACACACACUAUCACACACACACACACAUGUAAUACACACACAGUGACAGAGCAGGUGUUGGUGUGACGGUCACACACAUUCACACAGCAGCAGAAAACACUUGUCAGUCCUGUUUUUGACUCAUAAAUUAGGUUGCGUUCACACAGUUCAGUUAUAAACAAUAUUUCUGCAACUGUACUGUACUGUCACGUCAGACGGUGUGAGAGCCGCUCUCACUGCACACAGAUGUGGUGUUCUGGUCUUUUUAAGAUCUGAGCUGUGUGUCAUCUGUCUUCCGCCGGAGCUGCUCACACCAGUUUUGUGGUCUGGUUGCGACUCAAAUGCUGCACUUUACACUUGGUUAAAAAUAAAAAUAAAAAGCAUUUGAAGCCACUGUUGCAUAACUUAGAUUUAACAAAUGAACUUGUGUGAAUAAAAAAGUGUUUGACUUCAGUUAUUGGUUCAUACAGACAGUAUUCAAGUGGCUUUUGUGAACACACAAACACAAACUCACUUUAGUUUCCUGACGUCAUUUUACAAAGUAUGCGUCAAUGGAGAGCAUUUGUUCAGUGGAGUAAAACGGCAUUCCAGUGUGGGUGAGAAGUGUAAACCUGGAAAUUAAAGUGGGAUUAUCGAUAAUGAAGACUAAAAUGAAAACAUUUUUGUUAACUGUAAUAAAUAAAAACUGACGUGGAAAAAACUAAAACUAAACUAAAAUUAUUUUGUAUAACUCCUAAAUUAACUAACAUUUAAAUAAAAAUGACCUCAGAUUGUGGUGGCUUCACGCUAUUCUCCGCGGCAUCCACGCACAACUCACCACACGACCCACCGAG